AUGGCCCACUUCAUCCCAGAAAGCAUCCUGGACAUUAUUAUGGAUGACUUUUUCGAAAGAGUCUACCCGGUGUUCCCUCUCGUCCAUGAGCCAACAUUUAGAAUUGCUUUCAACCGACGAUGUUACAACACAGACCCGGCCUUCUUUCGCCUUUGCGUUUCUCUUUCCGCCUUGACCGUUGCUUCCAUUCCGCGCAAACUAACCGUCUACAAGGCGCCCGGCUACACAUCGGUUGAGGGUUUUGUCGAUAGAGCGGUUCAUUUAGUAUCUCUCAGUCGGAUAUUUAGUGAUCCCCAAUGGCAGAACUAUCCGACUAUCGACACGAUUAUAAUUUCCGUCAUCCUCUCAGUGUCUACUCACUAUGCAGGGCGAGCCACGACGGGCUGGGCUUUGUCAAGCGAAGCUCUCCAAUUCUUCCGAGUUCUUGAACUCUAUAAAAAGCACGUCUACGCGGAUAUGAGCAGGCUAGAUGCCGAGAUCUGUAAAAGAUGCUUCUGGAUGCUUUUUAUAGUCCAAGUGCAUGAUAGAAUAUCCCAUAUCAUUCCACAUACUGGACUCGGAUAUGAUCCAGCACACAUCGACUGGGAUUUUAUGCUCCCCAUGGAGCUUGACGACUAUGCUCUGGUCGAUGAUAGUCCCGACCAACCCAGUUGCCUCGACGGGACUCACCCCACAAAGCCACUGAUAUCCGGCUUCAUUGAGCUUCUCAAGGUUUUUCUUUGCGUCGUGGACAUCCUUCACAAGGCAUUUCCUGGAGCCCCUCAAACGUACAACCUUGCAUCUUCUCCUCCCGAAGCACGGCUUCUACAAGGCAAUGACAACCAUCACUUUUAUAACUCCAUUCCUACUAUGGAAUCUCUGUUUCAGGCAAUAUCUAAACUCACCAUAAUACUCAGCAACAUGCCCUCGGAACUCAGAACUCCGCAGUUUCAAGAGCAAGCAAUGAACACGGACGGCGAGUUUGGCGAGGAUCCCCACCUCAAGAAAGCCGCCCAAUUCGACAUCAUGCGAGCUAAUAUUCACAUCACGAAUAUAUACCUCAGAUCAAUGAUGCUAGAGAUGGGGUUGACCAAACUUGAACAGGAAGGUGGUGGAAAUAAUCUUCAUUCGGGCACAUCUCCUCGCAGCAACGAAGCCGCCACGAUGGCCAGGCUUUCGUGUCGAGAACAACUCUGGGAAAUGAAAGAAUCGGUUGCAAAAGAACUUCUCGGGGUCGUGCAUUCUUGUUCACCGUGGACACUUGAGUCCAAUGGUGCAUCUAUGAUUGCCAAGAUUCGAGAGAUUGCAUCCACUCUACUGGAAGGCAGCGAAGGACUAGAAGUUCUUGGAGAUGUCAAAACACGAAUGCGGGAGUAUGUGUAUGAAUUUCUGGAUAUUUUAACGAAUUUAGAUUAUAGCCUUGUAGUCCCCGUACAAUAUUGA